CCACACACACUCUCUCUCUCUCUCUCUCUCUCUCUCUGUCUGUGUGGCUCCCUUGACAAUUCCCUCAAGCCUAUACCUUUCAAUUCAUAAUAUAUAUAUAUAUACAGCAUUUUAGUGCUCUGGAAAAAGCCUUGCAAUUAGACCUUCCAAUAUUCUAUUUUUGUACCAGUUGCGCCAACGAGAUUUAGUAGUCAUAAUAAUGUAUAAGCGACUCCCCAAACCCAAAAGCCAAAUCCAUGAAGAUUUCUCCUCAGAGUCUCAUGAGAUCGCUUCUGUCGAUCAUCUUCCUUGUCCAGAGUUCCUCCGAGAGGCGAUAUUUGCCGCAGGUAGAUUCUGGGAGCUGGAGGCCGCAUUCGGAUGCCUCGAAGGUGUUGUAAGAACAGCCGUCGGUUACUUCGGAGGAGACCUCAUAAAGCCUAGCUAUAAGGAGGUAUCCGAAGGAAAGACGGGUCACACCGAGGCUGUGAAAGUCACCUACGACAAGCGGCGAAUAUCAUAUAGAUCCCUCUGCAAGGCCUUCUGGGCUAGCCAUGACCCAACCAACAAGGACUUUCUUAGAUUUGGCAUAGAAACGCACUACCGAUCAGCGAUCUUUUAUGGAGACGAGGAUGAGAGGAAAGCGGCCCGGGAGACGAAAGUGAAGCAGCAGAUGAAGCUGAACAAGAGAAUAGUCACGAAGAUUGUGCCGUGCAGCCGCCCCACGAACAAUGACUUGGUCUUCUACAUAGCGGAGAGCCGGCAUCACAAGUACUACCUGCAGAUGGAUCACAUUGGCCUGUGCGAGAGCCUCAACCUCCGCAGCGCUGAGCAGUUCGCCGACUCCCACCUCGCUUGCAAGUUGAAUGGGGACAACUCCAUUUCAUAGAGUCGGCAUUCAAAACUGGAUAGAGAAGAAGUGAUGGUACCAAAUGGGAUCUAAGAGUUUUUCUCACAUUCUGUGUAUAUAUAUACUUGUGCAGAGAUUUACAGUAAAAAGAAAUUUUGUGAUCCCUGCAUUUGAAUCUAGUAAAGUAUUUUGAAGAUUGAGGAGAAAUAACUGGCAGAAAUUAAAUAAAGGAUGCUACAUAUAUAGUUGAGUGAUACUUGGUUCACCCAUAACCACAAGACACUCUUUUGCCUCGCACUUAGUUUGUUCUGAAUCCUUAAAAUAAAUUUAACUUUAAACUUAUAUAUGAACUGUUUAUCACCGUUCGUUAGUGCAUUUAAUUUGAGCAUCUCGCUAACAAACUGUUUAUCACCAUUCAUCAGUGUAUUUAAUUUGAGCAAAGCUUCUAAAUUAUGGCCUGCUAAUCUCUCUGACAACAUCCUGAAUCCUUAAUUUUGGUGAAUGUGGUUGCCCUUUGAAAGAGGUGCAUGCCUUUCUAUCAAUGGUUAUUACAUGAGAAAUCCAUCUGAUAUGAAAUGACUUAAAAUAAAUAGCCUUAAUAUUUUUAAGAGAUUAGUUGAAACAUUUAGCGCGCAUAGACAAAAGUUAAUAAUUGAAGAAACAACAAAAAGAAAUUUAUGUCAUUAAUUAGAUGAGGAUUACGGGGUUAUGAACUCAAGACUCCUUCAAACUAAUCAAGGGAGCUUAUAAUCUGCAGUACUGAUUCCAUAUUAUACAAAUCAAUCGAUUCAAUAAUAAACGGGACAGAAUAUUUUAUUGUUUUGUCUCUAGUUGAAGUUGCUAUCUCGUGUAGUGUUGUGAACAUCUUCAUUUAGAAUCCUAUAAAUCUUUUAUUAAGUACUAGAGCUUCAGUAAGUUCAUCUUUAGUUGCUUAUAUUCAAACGCCCGUUAUUCCUCAUCUUUUUGCUGGCUAGGUGAAUACUUGGUGCUUGUAAAAAGAGUUCAGUUCAUUAUUUACCAUACUUGUAUGAGGAGCUAGUCUCCUAUACUAUCUAUAGUACUGGGGCUCCGGUG